CCGGUCCAAUCUUUCGAUUUUGAUUGGCGCGACGUCGCGGGCCAAAGGAGCGCUUCCGUUGCUGGAGAGCGAGAGGACGGGGCGAGGGACGAGGAUAAACAUGGUCAGCUUGGCAGGAGGCAGAUCUCUCCUCCUCAUGCAGAGGAUUUCGGCUUUUGUGCUUUAUCGGCGUGGGAUCAGUUCUCUUUUCUCCAUGCCGCUGUCUCCAGAGCCAGCAGCUGCCUGCCGGAGUUUCCCUCAGCUGGUGACGCCAUGGGGCUGCCAACAGAUCCGGACGAAAGCCCGCGGCAAUGAGUACCAACCCUCCAACCUCAAGAGGAAACACAAGCAUGGUUGGAUCAAGCGCAUCCGCACUCGCAGCGGCAUCGAGGUGAUCCUCCGACGGAUGUUGAAAGGCAGGAAAUCUCUGACCCAUUAAAAAAACAGCCCCUGCGUCAAAAGCUUCAAACCGGUUCGUUCUGCUAUAAUGCGCUAAAGAACCUUGCGCACCACACACUGGAACAGAAGGUCUUCCAUUUCUGCAAUGUCUGUGUGGGUCCUUGCUUGGAUUGCAAGCCAAGGAUUUUUCUAUGGGGAUUUAUCAACUGAAUCAAAACUUUCGCAGGUGUCAUUGCCGUACAGGAAUCGAGAUUUAUUUCCCACCUUUCUGCAAAGCAAAUAAAUUGUUGUUGUUGUUUAGUCA